CUUGAGCAGGUGUGACGUGAGUGACUACUGCGGUAUAUAGGUACCGUGGAGCACCAGGGUGUGUAGUGGAGUUCCUCCAGUGUCUAGUGACCGCGACCGCGACCCGCCACACCAUGGAGAGGGCCUGCCCCGUAGCGCAGUCGCCGGCCUGCACGCCAGCCUCCCUCUUCACCACACUGCUGCUGUCCUCCUUGCGGCAUGACGGGGAACGGCAGAGGGACGACGUGAAGGACUCACCCGACGCGCCUAAGGACUUCGACUUUAUCGUGGUGGGCGGUGGGUCGGCCGGCUGCGUGGUGGCAAGCAGGUUGUCCGAGAACCCGGCGUGGCGCGUCCUGCUGCUGGAGGCGGGCCCAGAGGAGCCGGCCCUCACCGAGGUGCCCGCCUUCAACAGGCUCUUCCUACACACGGACGUCGACUGGCAGUUCCGCACGCAGGCUAGCGGCUGGGACCCCGGCCAGUACGUCCCCCGGGGACGCACGCUUGGCGGCUCGUCCGCCAUUAACGGCAUGCUCUACUCCCGCGGCCACCCCGAGGACUACGACAGCUGGGAACGGAUGGGCAACCCGGGCUGGGCCUAUCGCGACGUGCUUCCCUUCUUCAAGAAGUCUGAGAACAACCACGACGAGGUGGACGCAGACCUGCACGGCCGCGGCGGCCCUCUGGACGUGUCGCACUUCCCGUACCGGGACGAGAACGUGCCCGUCGUCCUCGAGGCCAUGGAGCAAGCCGGUCUCCCGUUCAACGCGGACCACACCGGGCGCGAGCAGAGCGGCGCCACGUUGCUGCAGUUCACGCAGAGAGAUGGCCACCGCCGCAGCUCCAACCAGGCCUUCAUCGCCCCCGUACGCCGCAAGCGACCCAACCUGGUGGUGCGACCGCUGUCCCCCGUGAGGCGCGUGCUCCUGGACUCGAAUAAGCGCGCCGUCGGCGUCGAGUACGACGGCCCGCACGGCCCCAGGGUCGCGCUCGCGCGCCGCGAGGUCAUCGUCUCGGCGGGCGCGCUGCAGUCCCCACAGAUCCUUAUGUUGUCCGGCAUCGGCCCACGCGAACACCUGGAGGAGGCGGGUAUUGCGCCAAUCCACGACCUGCCCGCAGUAGGGCAAAACCUCAAGGACCACCUCACGACGAUGCUCACCGUCAACUUCACCGUCACAAAGACGGCCACAGAGCGCUCGGACACGCUGCAGCAGCGCCUGGCAGCCUACGCCCGCUACCUGGACGGCGGCCACGGCCCGCUGUCGGCCACCGGGGUCCGACAGGUCGCCGCCUUCUUCCGGACCAAGCAGCAGGACGGCACGUCGGGCCGGCGGCCCCUCAUCCACCUAGAGGUCAUCGGGCAGCUCAUGAAGCGGCGUGGGGCCGCCGCCAACUGCACCGCUCCGGGGGAGGACUCGGUGUGGUACGACCAGAUCCGUAUCAGCCCCGUGCUGCUGCACCCGCGCUACAGCGGACAGGUGCGCCUAAACACGACGUCGCCGCGCUCGCUGCCGCUCUUGUACCUCAACAUCUCUCUGGACGAGGACGAGGAGCGCACUUGGGUGGAGGGCUUCCGCGUCGCCGCCAGCCUCAACGACACCGCGUCCUUCCGGGAGGCGGGGAUCGUCUUGGACGCGCCGCCGCUGCCGGGCUGCACCGCCGCGCCCAACUCGGACGCGUACUGGGGGUGCGCGGGGCGGCGGGGCGCGCAGACCUGGGGCCACCUGACGGGCACGUGCCGCAUGGGCCCGGACGCGGCCGCCUCGGUGGUCGACGCGCAGCUGCACGUGCACGGCGUCGACGGCCUGCGCGUCGUGGAUGCCUCGGUCAUGCCCGACCUGCCCAGCGGCAACACCAACGGGCCUUCCAUCAUGGUGGGCGAGAAGGGCGCAGAGCUCAUUCGGCAAGCGCACUGGGAUAAUGGGAUGUGGACCGACGCGACGCCACGUCCACAAGGCCACGGAAGCAUCAUCGCAUUCUGUCCGGCCUCAUGUCGUACCCGAGGAUGACAAGGACCGAACGAUCCAGUUAAAUAGACGCCUUUUGCACAAAUUUACAAGCACGCACAAGAUUAAUAAUUAAUAGCUUAAGGUUGUUUUCUAAAUGAACAAGAACUUACCUGAGGACGCCACUCGGGUAUCGGACUGGACACGGCUAAUCACUCACUCUAGCCGUGAUCAUCCUCAUCUUGUCUAGUCGUCGAUCGUUACGGCCCUGCCCUACCUCUCCGACCCCCUGACCCUGCUGCAUCGACCAGCUACAUUAGGUAUUUCAAGUGCAUCGUGUCACCUGGUCGUUGGCCAAUCGACGGACUAUCCACUCACCCUGCCUUACUGAAUCUACUUGGCUCUGGACGUCAAUGCACUGCAAGUAAACACAUAAAAUGCCAACAAACGAAAAUUCGUUCCUGUCCUGAGGCUUAACUUAAACAAAUUUCUUUGAGUUUUGUAAAAUUAAUAGAUAUUUACUCUCGUUUGAUACAGUUCAAGUCAUUAUAAUUUAAUUCAUUUUUUCUGUUUACCGAGAAAACACUGACUCGUACCAGCACUAGCUCGGGGCUCGGGGCGCACGGGCUCCGGUCACGGACUGACGUCCUACCCAAGUUUCAGUUGAUUCAGUUGAUGUGUUAACUUCCGAACGUCUUAGCCGUACUUUAACCUAGUAGGUCCCUUUCAGAACUGAAAAGACGAUCUGACCCAGCUGCUGAAUUGAAUGUGGCAACGGUGUAAAGUUUUCUGCUCGAGUGGCCGUACACCCGCGUAGAGGACGUAAAGUUUAAAAAAAACGUCAAUUUACUUGUUGUUAAUAAUUUUUACGAUUUAAGUUCUAGUCCGAGGUCCGAUCCCUUAGUUUUGAGCUUGGAAUGCUAGGGGAUGCGGCGUUGCCACGUUGACCUCAGCGGCUGGGUCAGGUCAGAUCGUCUAUAGGCAGACGCCUGUGCGUAGGCAAGCCCGCAUUUCAUUCGUGUGACGGCGUUGCCUACCGCCGGUUCGCAGGCGCUAAGUCCGACAGGUUGUCAAUGUGUGCCGUGGUUCGUUCGUUCGUGUGUGUUCUUGGUCAGCGGACUGGCCGAGACCAGAGGGUCAUCGCGAUCGCGGCGGGGGUCACUCUAGUGGCAAGGUCGGCGGGCUGGAUGCCAGCUUCCAUAGCCACGAGGCGCUGAGUGAACGCCGCCCUAAAAUGUCUCUGUCUCCCUUUGGAAAAUAACAAUAAAUAGUUUUCAAAAUAAAAUUGUACGUAAGAGACCGUGGAUUGUGCUCCACAAUGUAGAGCUGUUUGACAAGCCGCAUUGGUAUUCAGCGGCGCGGCGCGCCCCACCGCCGUCCGGCACCGCACGCCUCGGGUAGGCUAAUGAACGAACCAAUAAGGGCAGCGACCUUCGGGCGUUACGCCCAGCAGGAUUUAUUUAUCGUAACAACAGGAAUUCACUAGAAACUUUUCCGUCGUAAAUAGUGUAUGCACGUACAAAAAACAUAAUAAAAUAGAAAUAACAGCUGUGCUUUGAAUAGUUGUGGUCUACAUUAAUAAUAUCACGAA